GAAGAUAGAGGAGACGAUCGAGGAUUGACAAAAACCGCGUAAUCACGUGGUAUUUACGUGCCGUAAGACAGGGACUAAAAAUCCUCAGCUUAUUACAAGAACUUUGUAAACGCCUAUGUAAUUACCGCCGCAUUGCAAUUCUUUCAUUUCAUCCAAAAAGCUUUGUUGGUUUGAUUGAAUUUUUUUUUUUUUCUUUACACUAACUAGUGAUCGUUACGGCAUUCUCGAGUUCUUAACACCUGCUUUCAUUUCCAUCUAAAAAGAUUUUUUAGGGUUGAGGUUUUUUCAGUUGGUGUGGCUAAAAUGGAGAGCGGUGUUGAAAGUGGUGGUGGUAUGCGAAUACUUCAAUCAUCGUUUAGUGCUUUCGGUGUUUCUCAAAUGGGUGGUUCUUCAAUGCGUCAAUCUUCGCCCAAUAUUGGUUCCGAUAAUGUUAAGAGAAUCGGUGUGCCUCCCUCUCACCCAAAUAAUCCACAAAUAAUGGUUUCUCGAUCGUCAGGGUCGUCGAGUUCGCAGAAUUUGAACCGAGGAUCUUCCCACUCGAGGUCCUUGUCUCAAUCGGCUGUGUUUUCGAUUGAUUGUUUGCCGCCAUUGAGCCCUAUGCCUUCUCAAUCAUCUAGGUCCAAUCAAUCUGACCUAGUUUUGACUGAUAUUCCGAUGGAAGAUAAGGGAGCUGGGGGUUCUCAUGGACUAUCGAUUCCUCCUCCGGUUACAGGAACUAAUGGCCUGCCUCCUCGUAGAGGACAUAGAAGGUCAAUGAGUGACAGUGUCCCGUUAGCAUUUUCUGCAAUGAUUCAAUCUUCGCCUCAGCUGGUACCUAUUGGGAGUAGUAGAGGAGCUUUGGAUCGCUCUUCUUCUGGAAGGGAAAAUUCAGGUAUGGAGAAAUCGAGUGAGUUGGUGAAACGGGAAUCAGAUUGGAGUAGAGAUGGAAAUAGCAAUAUUGAAGGGAAAUCUGAAGGAGAAGUUGUGGAUGAUUUAUUUAGUGCUUACAUGAAUUUGGAUAAUAUGAAUGCAUUAAACUCGUCCGGAACUGAGGAUAAGGAUUUGGAUAGCAGAGUCAGUGGCUCAAAGACAAAUGGAGCUGAAAGCAGUGACAAUGAAGUAGAAAGUAGAGUAAAAGAAGGGCUCAAGAGAAGUGCAAGUGGAGAUAUUGCAAGGGCUACCCGGCAUUAUAGAAGUGUAUCAAUGGAUAGUUAUAUGGAAAGUUUGCAGUUUGAUGAUGAGUCUCUGAAAUUUCCUCCCCUUGGAGCUCAAGGGAGCCAGCAGCCGCCUGGAAAUUCGAUGGAUGGGAAAUUGGCGAAGUUCAACUUGGAAUUUGGAAAUGUUGAUUUCACUGAAGCAGAGAUGAAAAAGAUUAUGGCAAAUGAAAAACUUACUGAGAUAGCAAUGGCUGACCCCAGGCGCGCCAAAAGGAUUUUAGCCAAUCGUCUGUCAGCUGCUCGUUCCAAGGAGCGGAAAAUGCGAUAUAUUUCAGAAUUAGAGCAAAAGGUGCAAACUCUGCAGACAGAAGCAACCACCUUGUCUGCUCAGGUUACAGUUUUACAGCGAGAUUCUGCAUCUCUAACAAGCCAGAACAAUGAAUUGAAAUUCUGUCUUCAGGCAAUGGAACAACAAGCCAAACUUAAAGAUGCUUUAAACGAAGCAUUAGUUGCAGAGGUUCAGCGCCUAAGGCUUGCUGCUGCAGAGCUGAGUGGGAAUCCCCAUCAGCAGCUUCCCAUUAAUCAUCAGAUGUUAAAGUUACAGAUUCAGCAACCUAGUCAGCAGAAACAAAUGCAAGAACAGGCACAGUAACGGCAGCAUGACCAAUUACAGCCUCGACAGUAGAACGGGAGUCAGCUAAUAAAGUGAAGUGAUAAGUUAACCAGUUAAGAUUGGUUGUUUGCUCAUUCCAAUUGCACACAGUCUGAACCUAAUAUGAGAUAAGUAUAAUAUAAAGUCAUAUA